UAGAUAACCGCGGACUAGGCGCACGCAAGUCGGUAGUCGCACGUUUUCGUUGUCGAAUUUAUUUUGUCACAUUACGGACUACUAUUACCGACUGCAUUCCACUUCAAAUUUCAAUACGACCAGUUGUGGUUUAUUAUCUAUCACGACAUUUAAUUGUCGAUCGGUAGUGUUUCGUUUACUAUCAUCGUGAUCAAAACCUUUCGCAUAUCUGCAGCGAAAAAGAAUUGUGUUUGUUGUUUCUCGUUAGUUUCAUAUUAGGUCUUCACCGCCAGCUUAUUUGCACCGAAUACGAUGGUGUUACAGUACACGAGUACAGCGGUUGAUCCACCUGUAAUGCUGCUGAGAGGUGUAGACAGCUAUGAAAAUGAUGAACUUAUUGAAAAUAUGUUACCUGAAGAUGUGUGGUUCCAUGUAGAUAGCCUCUCAUCAGCACAUGUGUAUCUAAGGUUAAAAGAGGGUCAAACAAUUGAUGAUAUACCUAAACCGUUAUUAGAAGAUGCAUGCCAAUUGGUUAAAGCAAACAGUAUUCAAGGAUGCAAAUUAGCUGAAGUUCAAGUUGUCUACACAAUGUGGUCAAAUCUUAAAAAAUUACCAGGCAUGAAACCUGGCGAAGUGUCAUUUGUUAAUUCUAGUAGUGUAAAAAAGGUUAAGGUGAAAAAAGAGAAGACUAUAGUUAAUAGAUUACAAAAGACCGAAAAAACUAUAGUAAUUGAUUAUGAGAGUGAGAGAGCUGAUAGGGAUCGAAGAGAAGCUGAGAAGAAGAAAGCAGAAAGAAAAAUUAAUUUAGAAAAGAAAAAGGAAGAAGAACGUAGAAAUCGUGAAGCUGCUGAAUUGAAGUCUUACUCAUCUCUUAUGAAGACAGAAAACAUGACAGCUAAUACUGAUUAUUCUGGCUACGAUUCAGACAGUUUUAUGUAAACAUUAAAAAAAAAAGUACAUUCAAAAAUUCAGCGAGCUUAUCAUUAUUAUAUUAUUCAUAGUUACUUAAUUACACUUAAAAUCUUAAUUAUAAAAAUACUAUUCAUAUAUUUUUACAGUACGAAAAAUGUUAUUUUAUAAAAAUUAAUGAGCUUAUUUUGAUAAUAAUAAAAAAAUUUGGUAUGCAAUAAGUUAAUGUUAAUGUUUUACAUAUUUUAAAAAUACAAAUACAUUUUUAGUAUUAUAUAAUUCUUGUAAAUUGAUUAUAAGAAAUAAUUUAAAAUGUUUUUAAAAAUACAUGAUUACAACAUACUAAUUGAUAUUAUAUUUUUAAUUUGAAAAAUGCAUCAUGAGAACAGGUAGAUAUGCAAUAUUGAGGGUUGUUUGACUCUAAAGAUAUACUUUCCAUUUCAAAGGAGUAGAUGUUCAAUUAUAAUAAGCUAUAAUAUUAUGUUGAAUAUAUUGGCUGUUAAUUACUUAGUAUUAUUUCUUCUGGUAUUCUUAAAAAAAUAUUAUUAUAUCAUCGCCUUCCCAUACUUUUUUUUUUAGGAAAUAUUUUGAAAUAUUACCUAAAUUUAAUUUCCGUGUAUUUGUUAUUCAUAUAAAUACAAUUUAUCAAUCAAUGUAUAACUUUUUUUUUAAAUCUCGAUGAAAUAAUAAUAUUUAGUAUUUGCAAUUUACUUACAAAAGCAUAAUCUAUUAAUUGUUUGAUAGUAUAUACACAAUACACCGACACAUUUAUCUUGAAAUAAAAUUAUGUUUGAUAAUCAUCAUUAGAUUUAAAAUACAUACAGAAUAGAACAUAAAUAAUGUAUUUAUAUAUAUUUUUAAAAAUAUCUAUACUAUUAUGUAAAUAUUCUAUAAUGGGAUAUAAAUAAACAAAUGAAUCAUAAUUAAAAGAUAAUUCUGUUUUAUUCUUUUAAUUGUAAAAUAAUUGAAAAAAAAAAUAGGUUUUUGAAUUUAAAAAAAGAAUAAAACAAAUAAUAUAAGUUUAUUUAUGUAUAAAUAUUUUUCAUAUAUUACUAUAUUUAUAUAUGUAAUAAAAUGUUAAUGUAGUUUAAUGCAUUUUUUAUAUGUAAGGUGAGAAUAUAAACUGUAAUUCUUAUUUUUUCUUAUGAAAAUAUGAAAUUUUAAGUAUCCAUACAUCAAUAACAGUAUACAUAUAUAUUCAAUUAAUUUGAAUACUUGAUGUUAAUAAUGCAAAUGCUUUAUUUUAAAUAAUAUUUUUUCACAUUUUUAUUCACCUAUCUAAUUUUUUGUGUUAUGUAUUACAUUUUAAAAGCAGUUUCAAAUUGGUUUAAAAUGAUAUGAAUAAAGACAUAUAGAAGUCCCUUAAAAGGGGUACAAGUGUUUUAAAGAUUAUUCAGGGGUUGAUUCUAUCUGAUUUUAUUAUUGUUAGGAUAAUAUGUUGUGAUAUAUGUUGAGUUGUUAAAACUAUUAUAUAUGCUUUGGUAUUGUUUAAAAUAUUUAAUUUCUGUUUUCAUUGCAAAAUAAUAUUUUAAUUAGUUGUUUUUAUGCGAUUGAUUUAUUUAUAAUAUAUAUUUCAAUAAAUAAUUAAACAUUUGA